AUGGGUGAAGCCGCCAGAGGCCGGGGGGGGCGACUUAGUGACUGUGGGGGAGUACGUAGCUGGGCUCUGCUGCAGCAGAUCCUUGCAUGCAGGAGUCUCUUUAUGCUGCUGCUGCUGCUGACUGUGUCUGGUUCCGUCUCAGCAGUCUCCUUGAGGGCCUUCCCUCGGGGCCAUCCCCCCAGAUAUGAUAGAGGGCCUAGGAGAGACUGGCUAAAAGAUCUGGUGGAGCAACACGGUUUCCUGCUACAAUCACGUGGGGAGGCCCCGUGGGAACCCCCUAAAGAGCCCAAGAACCCUCCACCCCACCAUCGCUUCUUGUUGCCUCAAACUGGCGUGGCUUUUUCUUCUAGUACAUUCUCCAGCUAUAUCGCCCCAAGCAUUAAGCAGCCCGAGGUAGUCGUUCAGGUGUAUAGGGAGCCUCCAGAAGACUCUGCAUCCUCACCAACAGAUACACCGGCAAAACCAAAAGAAGAGAAGCCCCCUCUCCUUCCCUCUCUCUCUGUAGAAGAGGGAGGCGUUGAAGGAGCCGCUGCAGCACCAGCAGAAGGAGACGAGGCCAAGCAGGAAGCCUCGAAAGGUAAAAAGAGCGACCUUAACGAGCCCAUAAAAGAUCUGCGCUUCAAAGGCCCGUGGAACCCUGACCCCUUUGUCCUCAUUAGCACAGGGUUCACGAGGGGACACUUAGCUCCGAAAGGAGACCACCAGACAGACCCUAACAUUGAUCAUUUGCUUAUUAACAUUUCACCUCAAAACCAGGCCCUCAACAACGAUCACUGGAACUCCCUAGAGCGCAUGGUGGGUAUUGCAAAGCGAUACUUCGAAGAUGUUGUGGUGUUCACUGGCCCCGCAUGGUUCCCCUCUGAUUCUUCUGCCUAUUGGCCUGGGGUGCCUUGGAGGGGUGCGCGUAUAGGUUUGCCUGUGAGUGUAGAGGCUAUACUUGGGUCUCCAUUCCCUAACCCGUUAGGUAGGCGUUUUAUGAAGGCAUUUCCACGAGAGGAUAAAGGAUAUAAUAAUAAACGUGUGGAGCGGUGGAUGCUGCGAAGUCCUCCUUUGCUUGAGGCCCUCGACGCAUGCACUUGGAGGAUAUCUGUUAAAGAGCCAGAGAUGUCUCCCCUGCCCCCCCCGCUGCACAUCCAAUACUCUCUCUUUGGCUGGCAGAUGAUGCCUGUCCCCACCCACUUCUUUAAAGUCAUCGUAGCUGUUAGCCCCAAGAUAGCACCCACAGGGGGCAACUUUCCGCGCCCUACAACAAAGAUGGGAUACCUUUACACUAUGGAUGCUGCUCCUACUGCUGCCGUUGGAAGCUUCCUGCUGCCGAACAAAGCCCUCUCAAGUGCCGUUCAGUCUAUAGAUUUAAGGGUUCCUCUAACAGUAGUUGAGUUCAUAACGGGUCUUGAUUUCACCGUGGUAAUGGACAUUCUAAAAGAGGCCGAAGCAUUUAUGCAUUCCCCGACUCCCCAGAGACGCCGAAGGGCCUCCUUGGAUUCCCCCUCUGCGGACCGCCAAAGACCGAACAACCCGCUUCAUGAAAGAGAGGAAGAUAUUUUGGAAAAAGAGCAACUACUGUUGAAGUAUGACAUUUGCUCGGUGUUGCACCCGUACUACGUGGAGUUGACUGGUACGGGUCAAAGAAGAAGAAGCAUAUGCGGCAAUGAAUGA